AUGGAGGUCCAUGCUUGUUGGUCAAUUAAUCCACUUAGGGAAGAAGUUUUACAGCUACCGAUUAGUAACAUCCAAGUUCCAACCACCAAUGGUUCAGGGGAUAAUGAUUGGUAUGGAAUGGCAAGCCCGCUGGAUUCCAGUAAGCUCUCAUGCAGACCUUCCAAUAAUCAUGGAAGCGUUGCUCCUGCCAAGAACUCCAGACUAUCACCUCUGCCUCCAGAACGUGCUGGUUUCAAUUAUGGUAUUGGUGAAACCGUUGAUAUACCGAUUGAUGGAAGUGGGGAUUUGAAAAAGAGGGAGAGGGAACUCCAAGCUAAAGAAGCUGAACUGAGAAAGUGUGAAGAGAUUGUAAAACGGAAAGAGGAUGCUGCAGCACGAGCUGGAAUUGUUCUGGAGGAAAAAAAUUGGCCUCCUUUCUUUCCACUUAUCCAUCAUGAUAUUGCAAAUGAAAUACCAAUUCAUUUACAAAGGGUGAUGUAUGUUGCAUUUACAACACGGUUACGAAUUGUUGCUUGCCUAUUCUGGAAUAUAAUAGCUGUGACUACUGCCUGGAUUACGGGUGAAGGGGUGAAAAUUUGGUUCCUUGCAGUUAUAUAUUUCAUUGCUGGGGCCCCUGGAUCUUAUGUGUUGUGGUACCGUCCUCUUUGCCGUGUGUUCAGGUCUGAGAGUGCUUUGAAGUACCGAUGGUUUUUCCUGUUUCUGAUCCACAUUGGCUUCUGCAUCUUUGCUGCGGUUGCUCCCUCUAUAAUGUUCAAAGGAAAAUCUCUCAUUGGCAUUCUGGCUGCAAUUGAUAUUCGAAGUGAUCAUGCUUUGGUUAGGUUGUUCUACUGUAUUGGAUUCGGCAUGUUCUGUCUAGAAUCAGUGCUUAGCAUCUGGAUUAUUCAGCAAGUAUACAUGUACGUCCCGGGAAGUGGUAAAGCUGCUAAAAUGAAGCGUCAGGGAGCAUGACAAGUUGGUGAGGGCAGCAGACAAGUUGGUGAGCAGCAGUAUAAGGCAAAGAAACAUGUAUUCAGAAGAAAAAUUAUGGUGACUCUGUAUUGAUCUUAGAUUGUAUAGGCCCUUAGCUACAGGGUUUGCGGAUACAGAUGUUUUGCUCGAGCCUUUACUUUUUGAUUUUACAUAUUUCACAAGAGAUCUCAUUUCACAAGUUACUUUUUGAAAAAUUAUGGCAAGUUAAAUGAUUGAAGCAACAGAAGCAAGGGAAGGUGUAGGGCACCUGGAUUCAAACACUCACUUCCUUUAUUAAUGCCAGUGUUGUUUAAUUGUAAUUAAUUUGUUUCAUUAAACCUUUUUGUUUAAUUGUAUCCUAAGUAUUGCUUUCUCCUCUGUGAAGCUAACUGCAUCCUAAAGGCAAUGCAGUUAGCUAAAAUGCCAAUAGGAAACUCAUGUCCCUGAAUCGCUAAGCUUUGAAGGAACAUAUAUUUUUAAUUUUUAUAUUUAUAUCA